ACUGGUUUCUUCUCAAACACUCACAACUCGUUUUCUCUCUCUCUCUCUCUCUCCCUCUUGAUUUCUUCAUUUCUCUAAAUUCUUCGUUUCCUUUCUUUGAAUUUUCGAUUUCGUUUUCAGAAAUGGCGAUUAGAAGUUUUGUGGCCAUGAUUUUAGUUGCAUUGUUGAUUGGCUCAGCAAUUGCUCAAUCUCCGGGGGCAUCUCCGUCUCCGAGCAAAUCACCGUCGAAGGCUCCAUCGGCGUCUCCGUCUGUGAAGUCGCCGAAAUCCUCUCCCGCGGCCGCGCCUACUCCGUCUUCUUUGAAAUCUCCACCAUCUCCUCCUUCUACAUCGCCGGCUACUUCUCCAUCUCCAGUGACUUCUCCGGCUACUUCUCCUUCCUUGAUCUCCUCGCCACCCGCUGACGCUCCUGCUCCGUCAGGUAACGGCGCCGCUUCGAUCUCCUUCUCGGUGUUCGGAUCUGUGGCCGUUGUUCUAUACACCGUUGUUUUGUUGAUCUGAGAGGAGUUGGAUUUGAUUUGUUUGUCUAUUGAGUGAUUUAUUGUAGCAUUUUACUGAGUACAUUUUAUCUUGAUUUUGUACCUUUUUUUUUUUUUUUUUUUUAAUUCUUCAUUAUCGGAUUUAAUUUGUUUUAUUGUUUCUA